UGCGGACGCUUCCCAGUCGAUCGGUGCAUCGCUGCGUCCUCCCGCUGCGUGCCACCGCCCUCACUGCCGGGCGCGCACCUGUCACCUGCACCUGCCGCCCAGCGAGAAGCAAGCAUGGCCGACCGGGCGCCCUUCGACACGGACAUCAGCACCCUGACCCGCUUCGUCAUGGAGGAGGGCAGGAAGGCUCGCGGCACGGGCGAGCUGACCCAGCUGCUCAACUCGCUCUGCACCGCCGUCAAAGCCAUCUCCUCCGCGGUGCGCAAGGCGGGCAUCGCGCAGCUCUACGGCAUUGCUGGCUCUACCAACGUGACAGGCGACCAAGUUAAGAAGCUGGAUGUCCUCUCCAAUGACCUGGUUAUGAACAUGCUAAAGUCUUCCUUUUCCACCUGUGUUCUCGUGUCUGAAGAAGACAAACACGCCAUAAUAGUAGAACAGGAGAAAAGGGGUAAAUACGUGGUCUGUUUUGAUCCCCUGGAUGGCUCUUCCAAUAUUGACUGCCUUGUGUCCAUUGGAACCAUUUUUGGCAUCUACAGAAAGCAAUCCACUGGCGAGCCUUCGGAGAAGGAUGCUCUGCAGCCAGGCCGGAACCUGGUGGCGGCUGGCUACGCCCUCUACGGCAGUGCCACCAUGUUGGUCCUGGCCACCGAGAGCGGGGUCAACUGCUUCAUGCUGGACCCGGCCAUUGGAGAGUUCAUUUUGGUGGACAGGAAUGUGAAGAUCAAAAAGAAAGGUAACAUCUACAGCCUCAAUGAAGGCUACGCCAAGGACUUCGACCCUGCCGUCACUGAGUAUGUCCAGAGGAAAAAGUUCCCCCCUGACAACUCAGCGCCCUAUGGUGCCCGCUACGUGGGCUCCAUGGUGGCUGAUGUUCACCGCACGCUGGUCUAUGGAGGGAUCUUUCUGUACCCUGCCAACAAGAAAAGCCCCAAUGGAAAGCUGAGACUGCUCUAUGAAUGCAACCCCAUGGCUUUUGUCAUGGAGAAGGCAGGGGGACUGGCCACCACCGGGAAGGAAGCGGUGUUAGACAUCGUUCCCACCGACAUCCACCAGAGGGCGCCGGUCAUCUUGGGGUCCCCAGACGACGUGGCUGAGUUCCUGGAGAUAUACAAGAAGCACUCUGCCAAGUGAGGAGUCGCCUUGCCUCACGGCAAGGAAUCGCCUCUCACCUCACGCACUGACCACUGUGCAUUUCCAGAGGGCAGACAGAAGGCACGGUGGGCACCUUCACCCACUGAAUGCGUCUCAAUAAUGCCACCUGUGGGCGAGAUGUAUUCUGAGUGGAAGGAGGAGAAAUAAACUUGUUCUUCCUGUAAAAAAAAAAUUUCAU